UUCUGUAACUCAUUGUUAUGGUAACUCCCCCGGUGUCUCGUGGGUUUGCGCAGAUCACGAACCGUCACGAGUAUCAUCGGUACUUCCGCGUUCGUCUCAUCAUGAUCCCCAAAUUAAACCUCUGCUGUUUUAUUCUCUCUUUUGUGUUUAUAUGCUUGUCUGCGCAAUAUGUCCCACCGUACACAGAAGAGUGCCGAAGUGGCAUGUAUCCUCCAAACGGCCCAACAUUUAAAGGGGAUGUGUCCUGGUAUACUGUUAAUCUGGAUUUACCACCAAGCAAAAGAUGGACAGAUGUCAUUACAGACAAAAAGAACGAUAUGGUGAGCAUGAUUCAGGCUAUCAGAGAUCUAGCAGACGCCUUUGUUCCCAGUGGAAAGCUCAUCGAUCUAGUAGAUAAGGAUUUGCCCUUGAUGGUGGACACCCUGCCUUACCCGUUCAAUGAGGAGAUCAGAGGAAUCGCAUCAGCGUCUGGUGUUUCUUUGGGUGAGGUGGUGCUCUUCAACAUAUUUUAUGAGGUGUUCACCGUGUGCACGUCUCUGGUUGCAGAGGAUGUCAAUGGCAAUCUCAUCCAUGCAAGGAACCUGGACUUUGGACUUUUCAUGGGAUGGGAUUUGAAGAACAGGUCGUGGAUCAUCACAGAGAAGCUGAAGCCACUGGUUGUUAACAUUGACUUCAGACGCAACAACCAGACUGUCUUUAAAUCAACUAAUUUUGCAGGAUAUGUGGGCAUGCUGACCGGGAUUCAUCCACGCUCAUUCACCCUCACUAUGAAUGAACGAUUCACUCUGGAUGGAGGCUACAUCGGGAUUCUGGAGUGGAUCUUGGGGAAGAGAGACGGCAUGUGGAUGAGUUUUUUGACUCGUUCUGUGCUGGAGAAUGCAACUAGCUAUGAAAGUGCCAAGGCUCUGUUGUCUGACACGAAGCUGCUGGCUCCAGCGUACUUCAUCCUCGGAGGAAACCAGCCGGGUCAAGCCUGCAUUAUCACCAGAUCCAGAACACACAGCAUCAAUCCACUGGAGCUUGAUGUGAAGAAUGGCAGGUGGUAUGUGUUGGAGACUAACUAUGACCACUGGAAAGAGCCUCUGUUUCUGGAUGACCGCAGAACUCCUGCUAUGAAAUGCAUGAAUCAGACCACACAGGCUGAUAUCUCCAUAAAGACAGUAUAUGAUGUGCUGUCCACCAAACCGGUCUUAAAUAAAUUGACCACAUACACUACUCUUAUGGAGGUGUCUAAAGGAACAUUGGAGUCUUAUAUCCGUGACUGUCCUAACCCCUGCAUGCCGUGGUGAGGGACUCCAUCUGGACAAGCUGCAUUACUGUGACGGUCUUUUGUACGUUUAGGAAAAGAAAAAUGUCAUUCAUAUUUUAGCUGUUUAAAAUGGUUAAUCUUACAUUUUAAAAAGUUUGCAGUGUCUGCUUUUGAAAUCAUGUGGGCAUUGUUGGGUUUAAUCAAGCUUAACGUGUCAAACAGGUACAGUAGGGCAGCCUACUUAAAGGGAUAGUUCACCCAAAAAUGAAAAUUUGAUGUUUAUCUGCUUACCCCC